AAGGUGUGUUAAAAGUCAGCGUCGUGUGUGUUUUUCAAUUCUCUUCUGUGUGCAUUUGGAGAAAGGAACAGUCAGUUUUCAACCUCCAAAACCUGUUCAUUUGCUUUUUCUUGCCCCUUAGUAGCCACAAUAAAUCUCAUUUCCUCAUCACAAAGUUUUCACUCUCACUACUCAUCGGAAAAACCUCUAUGAUCCUCACACUCACACAACAAAAUUCCUAGCUUUGCAUAUUCAUGGUCCAAAACAUGGCACCGUUAAUUUCCUGCUACCUGAAGAAUUUUCACUAAGGAAAAAGCAUGUGCAACAACAACAUCCUUGGCCCAAUUAUGGAGAACUAUCAAGGUGAUUUGAGUGACAUAAUUCGUGCUAGUGGUGCAUCAUAUGGCAGUUGCAGCAUGGGAACUUCAUCGUCUAAAGCUUGUGCUCCUUUUUCUCUCGAUCACUGGCAGUUUUCUUCUGUUUUGGAAGGGUUUGAUGGAAACUUUGGUGAUCCAUUCUCAAACACGAGAGAUCCCUUUCUACACCAGCUCACAACAAGUUCUGCAGAAAUUAGCAGUUCUGGGGCAUUGGAAGAAGCAACCUUUUUCGGUGGUGGGGUUGCUGCUAGUAGCAGUAGUAGUAGAAACAGUUGUGUUUUGAAAGAAACGAUUUUUGAGGAUGAUGACACGAGAAGGCCUUGUAAUAGCAUAUUGGAAAACAUGAUUCAGAUCUCUCCCCCCAAUCACAAGUUACCCAUGUUGCCAGUGGUGGAAUCUUUGUCAAGGGCACUCAAGCCUUCUGGUGUGGUUUUAGGUGAUACCAUGAUUAAUGUGAAGAACUCUGAAGAUGAUUGCUUGGUGGGUAACAGCAACACAAAAGAAAUGCAGAUCUCACCUCCUCGGAAUCCAGGUUUUAAGAGAAGGAAGAGUCCGGCAAAGAAAUCUAUCUGUGUUCCUGCACCAGCUGCACCAAACAGCAGACAAAGUGGAGAGGUAGUCCCUUCUGAUCUGUGGGCUUGGAGAAAAUAUGGUCAGAAACCCAUUAAAGGUUCUCCAUAUCCAAGGGGUUACUAUAGAUGCAGCAGCUCAAAGGGUUGUCCUGCAAGAAAACAAGUUGAGAGAAGCAGAACAGAUCCAAACCUGUUGGUGAUUACUUACACGUCAGAGCACAACCAUCCAUGGCCAACUCACAGAAAUGCUCUCGCUGGUUCUUCUCGAUCUCAACCUUCAUCCAAGGGCAACAACAACUUUGAUGCUUCAAAGAAUGAAGAAACCAGUCCCCAACACGAGGAAGAGCAGCAUGAAGAGAGCAACAGUGACAGCAAUAAUGUGAAUAACAGUGCAUGUGUUCAGGAAGAUGGAGAAUUCAGUGACAUUGGACUCCCUUACAGUGCAUGUGUUCAUCAGGGUUUGUUUGCAGAGUUUGGAGAAAUAGAAAAAGCUCACUCACUUAACCUAAUGUUUCCACCACAAGGUUUUGAUGAUCACCAAAGGGAAUCCAACGCUUUAGAUUCAUUCCAUAUCUUUGACUGGAGCGCUGAUAUGUAACAGCACCAAUUUGAAGAAUCUAAUUGAAGAAGCAUGCAGCACCUUCCUCACAAAAACCUUUUAAUAGGUGCAGGUCAUCAUCGGAUUUCAAAUAUGUCAUGUGGGGGAGAUUUGAGAUCACAAAAACACUUUUCUUGUUUCUAGUUUUUCUUUUUUCUUUACCUGUCAUUUCGCAUAACAGUGAGGAGGUAAAUUAGUGGAAGAAAAAUGGGAUUGUAUAUGUGGGAGUGCUGCUUGAUGGGAAGCACAGAGAAGGAGUCCCACGUUCCCUUUGGAAUAUUGGUGGAUGGGACAGAAAGCUGAGGAACAGAAGAUUUUAACAGUUAAAACAAUUUCUAGA